UCGCCAGGUAAGUUGGAAAUGCCAUCAUCGCCGUGUGGCCCUGUUGGUGAGGCUCGAGUUCAGUUGUGCGCCACAUAAUGCUCGGUUAAGUUGGCCAGGUCGUCUCUGUCAUCCACUUCCUCCCCGGUCAGUUGCUGCGCUGCCCUCAGAUUAAGUGGUAAUUGUGCCCGAAGAGCGGUGGAAAAGAAGGAGGAAGUCGCCUGGUUUGCUUUCGGUGGUGAUCUCAGUGGUUCCGGGAUUGAUUCCAGCAAACGCAGACAAAUUGAAAUCUCUCUGGCGGAGCUCUUUAAGACAUUCUGUUUCUCGACUGUGGCAUGCUUGAACGAUAAGAUCUCCGCAGUGAGCUGAUGACGCAGAGCGGAUACUGAACUCUCUGGGAUCUCUGCUGGUGCAGCUGAAUUUAACAAGGAGAGCCAAUUCAGCUCUUCUGCACGGCGGUGGUGAAAUUAACGCGAAGAAGAGAGCGAGAGACGCAGAGUGUCAAGUGCUAAGAUGGGAACCAAAAUUGAAUAUGUGGACUCAAGUCACAUGUACGCAACCAACUACAUCAGGAAUUCCAAAGCCAUCGCCGUUCUCUGGGCGAUUUUCACAAUUUGCUACGCCAUCAUCAGCGUUGUGGCCUUUGUGACGCCAGAAUGGGUCGGUGAUCUCGAUGGUGACAACUCUGGACGGCUGGGCUUGUGGCAAGUGUGCCAGAAGGACGAAAUCGCGGAGAACUGCCAAGGACAGCUGGACGAUGUGAUGUCGCUGCCGUCACUCGCCUUUCAGGUGGCAACGAUCUUCGUGGGACUGUCCGUGUUGACCUCAUUGCUGACCAUCUGCUCGCUCAUCCUCAUGUUCUUCAUGCGCUCCACGACGGUCUUUCACAUCUGUGGAUGGAUGCAAAUGCUAUCAGCCAUUUGCAUGAUCAUCGGCUGCCUGGCUUAUCCUUUUGGCUGGAACUCAGAUGACUUCCGGAAGGUCUGCGGCCCCGAGUCGAAUCGCUUCGAGCCGGGCCUGUGCGGCAUCCGGUGGGCCUAUCCGCUGGCCAUCAUCGGCUGCGUGGACGGCAUCAUCCUGGCCACUCUCGCCUUCAUCCUCGCCACGCGCCACGUUCGCCUGCAGCCGGAGCCCAUGUACCAGAGUUCAAUGUACAAAGGCGAAAUCAACAAUGCCUAUCUGACAGAUGUCGCCAGCAUCGCGGGCUCUCGGAAGUCUCUUAAUCUGCAGCCGGUGCUGCUGGUGGCGCCGCCACACCACAUGGGCGGCCAACACGGUGACGACACCAUCUCGCAGUUCUCGAGUCGCACGCCGAGCCGAUACAACCGACCCGAGUUCCACAAUUCCAUGCAUCAGUUCCAACUCUAGACGCGCUCCGUGUGGAACGUGUGGAAAGCGCGCCGCGGGUUUACAAUGCGCCAUGGAUGCGCCGGCGGGCGCUCUUCGGGAGAAUAAACAGUGUAAAAAGUAUUUAAUGGUAGCGAAAAUAGCGGUGAAAUCUAAUUACGAUUCUUCUAAAAGUAUUCUUGUAAGUUGAAAUA